AUGAGUGUCGGAGCUCUUACCACAUCGGCCUUCUUCACCUGCGACCCGGCGGUCACGGCCACGGUCACCGCCACCACCAAUGUCUACACCACCGUGUACACGACAACGGCCCUCGCCGCCAACCCCUCCACUUCAUGGAUAGCCACCUACACUGUCACCGAAGUCUGCACCGGCCAGCCGUGGGAGUACGUGACCCAAGAUAUCCCCCCUUGCUUCGCGCCUACGACCGUAUACUGCGAGCCCUGCGCCCAGAAGACCAUCCCCAUUAUCUGCCCCAUCCCGACCCCGACCGCCGACGUCGUCAUCAACGGCAACGGUGUUACCGCCAACUCUAAUCCCGUCAUCACCGCCGCCCCCUACGGCGUCUACGGCUCCUACGGAUCCUACAGCAAUGGCAACGGAGGCGGAGCCAACCCCAACCAACCCGGCGGCGGUCAGCCCGGCGGCAACGGCGGCUCUCCUCCCGGUGGCUCCGGAGGAAGCGGCGGUGGCAGCAACAACGGCGGCGGCGGCUCCAACCCCGCGGCUCCCUCUGGCAGCCAGGGCGCCGGAAGCUACGGUGUCUACGGCAGCUACGGCUCUUACAACGCUCAACCCGGCGCUCCUGGUGCCCCUGCUCAACCCGGUCAGUCCGGCGCUCCUGGUGCUGGAGGUGCUCCCGGUGCUCCUGGUGCUCCUGGUGCCCCUGGUGCCCCUGGUGCCCCUGGUGCUCCGGGUGGUGCUCCGGGUGGUGCUCCUGGUGCUCCUGGUGCUCCUGGUGCUCCUGGUGCUCCUGGUGCCCCCGGUGGAACCCCCGGUCAGUCUGGCGCCCCUGGUGCUGGCGGCGCUGGCGGUGCUCCCGGUCAAUCUGGUGCUGGCGGUGGUGCUGGCGGCGGUGCCCCUGGCUCGACUGCUCCCGCAGGAGGUGCUCCCGGCUCCACGCCGUCCACAGUCCAGGUCGCCUCCGCCCCGUCUCUUAAGAAGAGCCUCGGCCUCCUUUGCGGUAUCGCAAUGGCAGCCGGCCUCACCAUCUUUGCUUGA